AUGAGGCCCAGAGCGGCCCUUGGUGUGCUGAACCACUGUUGUGGGAGCUCUGGUCUGCGAGCUCUCGCAAAGUUAACCCGACCGCGCAAGGAGCUCACGGUCCUCCAGGUCAAAGGUUGGAAACUCCAUGAGCCCACGCCUGGUAACCGCCAUGGAAUCUCACAAGAAGAGGCCGAAACAAUACUCCGAGAGAGUUGGGCUGGGAAGAGUUUCUGCGAGAUUGCGCGCCUGCUUGUUCGAGCUAGAAGCCCAAUCCAAAGAACAUUUUACCGCCAUGCAGGUCUGGCAUGGAGCACGGAAAUUGACGAGAUUUCAAGACUAGGCACAGUCAAAACGAUUUGGGCGAAAAUUGGUAAGAUUGAAGGGCAGACGGUAUACAGGGUCGUUCAAAAAUGUUCCUCGAGCUACGCCAUGUCCCUGUCCGCAUUGAAGAUGUCUGAGACAUUGCUGAUUCGCUUUGUAGGAGGCUCACCCGCAAGUUCGAUAUCGCGUAUUUACAAAGCAUAUCGACGCCAUAUAAUAGACGACGACGCUACCGAUAAUCAGAAUUCUGGUGCUGCUUGGCCCUCCGCUGCGAUCAAGCAGCUAAUACACACGCGCCACAAUCUCAGAAUGCCCCGGAAGUCCAUUGCUCUUGUGAUGAAUAGGACCGAGGCGUCGGUUACAGAGCGAUAUCACCAAGAGAAUCGCACGCUGCCUCGCGGACCCCCGACAUGGACCAGUGAAAAGGACCUUCGGCCUGUCACUUCUCGAGGAGAGAAAUCAUUUUCAUGGAAGGAUGCGAGACAGGCUCUACCAGUACGAACUUUGGCGGCGAGCCGGAGAUGUUCUCUCGUGGUGAAGUCCAGCGGUCCUUUCCAUUCGCGAUCCUUUUCAACAGCCGUGCCGCUGGUCAAUCAUCACCAUCGAGCCUCAACCAAUAUGAUACUUCUCGGUUCAACUGGGUCUCCACGCGGUGGGGUGAUUGAACCCUUCCCAAGACGAAUUAAAGCCGAUCAUCAACGUCGCUUUGUUCACACGCCGGUGCGAGUUACACCCUUCGGCGAGGAGGAGAAUAAGAUCAUAGUGCAGCGGAGACGAGAGCUCGUGUCUUUCCCUGAUAUUGCAACUGAGCUUAAGCGCCCUUCCGUUGAUAGCGUACGGUCUCAAUUCUAUAGGCUAGUCGCACGUGGUGAACCUGGGAAAAUCAGGAGGCGACUAAGCCCUCUGUCGGUUGCCGACUACGACGAUAUUGCGCACAAGCGAGCGGCCGGCGUUCCGUGGCCGGACAUUGGUCCAGUGUAUGAUCGAACAGCCUGGACAUGCAUGGAACUGUAUAACCAGCAUAACAAGCAUAGGCUACAACCACACCUCAAGGACCUCCCAAAGCGAUUGUGGAACAAAGCCGAGAUCUCGGAGCUUUUUGACCGCCGCGAUCGUCUUGGUCAAUCAUGGCCUGAGAUUGCUGACAGGCUGCAUAGGAGUCAAAAGGCGGUCUACUCAAAAUAUGGGCAGGUSAAGUUGGAUGGUAAAGCUGACCAGUCCAGGGGCAGCAACGAGUAUUCCUCGGAGGAGGAUCACGUCAUUUGUUAUUUGCGGGAGUUCCUCGGCCUAGCAUGGAAGGAGGUCCACCUACGGCUAUCGAAGCGGUCCGUCGCAUCUCUGCGGAGACGUUACCAUGGCCAUCUCGCGCCAAGGAGCGUUUGCUGUUCCGACAAAGCAUCUUCAAGAUUUGCACGCGCGGACUACGCCUUGCUCCAUGAUUUACACUGCAAACAACAGCUCCAUUGGGAUGCUGUGCAGGAGAAGAUGCCGAAUUGGACGAUCAAGGACUUGCAGGAUCGGCAUGCGCUCCUGAUCAAGUGGCCUCCAUCAUCAACGAGUUGCUCCUCCCUUCUCGAACCACGGCAGACUCGCAAGUUCACAACUGUCACGGAGAGCUCGACGAGCUAUUUCGGAACACGUGCAAAAAAAAUUCAAGUAUCUGCAAGGAACAACACUUUCGGGACUUCGACGAUUCCUCUGAGAGGGCAAUCUAGGUGUUACAAUGUGUCUUCCGUCCGACACCCGCCACCGUCUCUACAUUGCUUUAUCCCAUCGGACAUGCACCUCGUGCAUCGUGGAGCUACGUUUGGCAAGCCGCAGAGAAUUCGGUGCAUUUUCACUCUUGCUUCCAAAGAAGCUGCACCACCGGUACCCGAGCAGUCAAGGAACAGACCCUUUGACGAUGCUGAGGUCGAGAUUAUUAUCAAGAGGAGAGAGGAGGGCAAGUCCUACCCAGAGAUCGCGAUGGAGAUAGGCCGUCCUAUUCCAAGUGUCGCGAGUAAGUUUCGCUGGUGGGCGGCAAAGACUGGUCAGGAGCAUUUGAUUCGCAGAAAAUCCCGAGUUGGAAGAUGCGACCACCGGACUAUCAAAGAGAUGAAGAAUUCAGGGAUGAGUUGGCAUGAAAUUGCUACGAAAGACGGCCGAACUGCAGCACACCUAUCAGCGUAUUACCRUCUUCAGGAAGCAACCCUGGCGCUGGAGGAUGCCUCUGCGUUGAAGUCUAUACCGAGAAAACCCUCCUUGCACCGCAAGCCUUUCAGUGACAACGAGCUGAAGAUUCUGAUGCACGAUCGCGAUGUCCUGAAAAACUCAUGGGCGGAAAUUGGACAACAGCUCGGACGAUCGCCCUGGAGUGUGAGAACUAAAUAUCAUUCCACUCGAUCGAAGGGUUCCGUCAAUCGCCCCUCGAGUCUCAAGAGGAUUUACUCGCAAGAAGAAUUGAGCAUGCUAGCAGAUAUGCGUAACGUUCAGAAACUGCCAUGGAAAACGAUUCAGCUUUCCAUGCCGGAGAGAUCAAUUGUCGCGCUUGCAGAUCGCCUCAAGAGAAUGAACGCGGAACGUCAGAUCGCGCUUCAGGCGUCGAAGAGCUCUGGCCAGCCACCCGAGAGUGAGCAAGGCGUGAAAUCUGGGGAAGAGCAUCAGAGCGUGCCUGGCCAUAUUCGACAACAUGGUGGCUGA